CGUCAUAGGCUUGGGGCUGCAUCGCCUUCGAAACGCCCACGACCGAAGGAUCAUUGGACCGACGUCGAUGGACAAUCCUUUUUACAGCUACGUUAGUAAUUUAAUUGAGAUGGGUCACUAAAUUAUCGUCCUUCGAGAAUUUCACAGCGCCGCAAACGGAUGAUGGAAAUCGUCGCCGUCAUGCCACCCUGGAUAUGAGAGGUCUCGAAAAGUAUGGCGAAUGACAAGAGAAGGAGAACGAUUCCAACGAUCAGCGGGGCUGACCCGGCGUAGAUUGGGCGCCUGCUGAGAGCUCGGUCCGGUCAAGAAUGAGAGGAAUCAUUCCAAUUACUGUAGUCAAAGAUACUGUCCGACGGUUUGGCUGACGAUUGACCUCGUCUGCGAGUUACUUGCGUAUUGCGUUAAACGAAUCCUCCACAAAUCAGUCGAGCAUGGAUUAUCUGGUGCCUUCCACCCUUCAAUCAAGUGCAAGGAGGUGUUGAAAUGGUGUGCCCGCCAACUGUAGGUGCCUAGGAUUUCCGGACGUGGCAGGUUUGGUAGUCUGUUGUCGGAGUCGACGUGACCAAGCCUUUUUAAAAUACAGUUCUUUGUCACGGCGUCAGUGAUCUGAUCCACAAGGUUGUGAGGAAGAUGACAUCCAGCUUCCACAGUGUGGUGAUAUGGUCAAAGUCAUAGUUUCAAUUUCGAGCACGAGUUCUGUGUUGCACCUCUAGUCGGACCGAGAAACGGAGCACUGGGGGAUGUCACCAGUGGAAUAACCAAAAGGAGGGCAGGCGGGCGCCAGGCACGCACUGUUUGUGAGUAAGUGAGUGCACUUGUGGUCGAAAGCAUCUCGAUUCGGUUGUGCUUGCUGCUGCUGCUGCUCCUCCUACUAUCACUACUACUAGUAUCACCACUAAUUAUACUUCUACUUCUGAAUCCUCGCACAGCGCCGAUUUGUUCGGAACCCAGUGGACUGUGGGACAUGCAGUGUUGCGCCCGGACAGGAGCGGGAGGUUAAAAAUUACCCAUGGCUGCAGUCGAGACUGCCGAGAGCAGCAAUGUGCAACGGACUUCGCGAUACUAUCGGAAGGAGCGGAUAGAGGCUAUGCGCGCAGUGCUCGCGCAGACCAAGUUGAAUAAGCCGAAGCCAGGAUUGCCAACGCAUCAGCACGAGAGGGGAAUUGGUCCAGCGACGGUGCUUGCCAUCGGCACCGCCCAUCCUCCCACAGCUUUCGAGCAGGAAACCUAUCCGGAUUUUUACUUCGAUGUCACGGGAUGCUCCGAGAACGUGGCCCUCAAAUCCAGAUUUCGUCGCAUAUGCGAUAGGUCGGGAAUCAACCGUAGGUACUUUCAUAUGACUCAAAAAGUGCUCGAAGAAAAUCCUUCCAUCUGCUCAUACAUGGACGGAUCCUUGGACGCUCGGCAGGAAAUCGCAAUUCGGGAGGUCCCUAGGUUGGCAGAGAAGGCAGCAAUCAAGGUCCUUCAAGAGUGGGGACAGUCACGAUCAUCUAUAACUCAUGUUGUCUUUGCGACAACUAGCGGGAUCAACAUGCCGGGUGCAGAUCUUACUCUGAGCAGAAUGCUGGGGCUGAAGCCUAGCGUAAACCGCGUGAUGCUCUACCAGCAAGGCUCUCUGGGUGGAUCGACAGCUCUGAGGGUCGCUAAGGAUUUGGCCGAGAACAACAAAGGUGCCAGAGUCCUGACUGUAGUGUCGGAAAUCACUUGCUUCACGUUUCGUGCUCCGAGUGAGGAGCAUAUGGACAACUUGGUUGGCGCGGCAAUCUGCAGUGACGGAGCAUCAGCCUUGAUCAUAGGAUCCGAUCCAAAACCUGGGAUAGAGUCGCCGUUGUACGAGAUACAUUGGUGCGGGCAAACCAUACUUCCAGGAAGCGACGGUGCUAUUGAAGGUAGGCUGAGUCAGGCCGGGCUUAUCUAUCACUUGAUGAAGGACGUACCGGGGCUCAUGUCCAGAAACAGUCAACCUAUUCUCUCUGAAGCCAUUGAGGUGGCGGAUUUUCCUGAAUGGAAUGACGUAUUCUGGUGCGUCCAUCCGGGAGGUCGUGCUUUGCUAGACGAAAUAGAGACGGCACUACAACUGCAUCCUGAUAAACUUCAGGCCACCAGAGAAGUGCUCAGGGAUUAUGGUAAUAUGUCUGGCGCGAGUGUGUUGUUCAUCCUUGAACAAUUGAGAAAACGGUCCGUCGAUAUGGAGCUGGCCACUACUGGAGAGGGUUCUGAGUGGGGAAUUGUGCUUGGAAUUGGCCCAGGGCUCACCGUAGAGGUUGCAGUGCUGCGAAGCUGCCCGACUUUCUAAGAGCUUUUGAGGCGUAUGCUCUCCUCAUGACUAGAGUCGCAAACUGGUCAUUGUAAAGAAAUAGUUCAUACUGCGUAAUUGAGGUUCGAUCAGCAGACAAAUCCAGUAUAAGAAUGAAGAGAGUACUCGUAUGGGUUUCUGAUGGUAGAACGUUUUGACCACGAAUGUAGCAGGAUGCUCUCAGGCACCCUGAGAAGAUUAGCCUGGAGGGAGAUCCAGUUGAGGCAGUAGGUUAGCCAGAUGUGAUGGGUUUCUUGAAGACGAGUGUGUUGUCACAUGUACAGCUCUAGUAAGGUAGGUAUCGUCCAUGUUUAACAGACAGCUUCGACGAUCAACGACGGUGGAAACUUGCAAGAUCAGUAUCCUCUUCUUAGGAUUACUUGGGUUUGAACCUGUCUUGUGGAAACUCGGAGGCUACUCCGAGAAUUUUCUCGUGUAACAUAUGAGGUUUAGCUAUAGGUAUAUUGAGCAGUUGAUAGUGUAAGAGGAGUUCAGCGUAGAAGAAGAUUUUCGUUGUAGGUUUCUUCGCUCGGUCUACACCGUCAAAGAAUAAGCUUUUUUGUAGAGUAAAUCCCUGUAAAAGUGAAGCUUGUAGAAGCUGCGAACCUGCAGAUUGUAAAUUGAACGUUUUGUCCGCUUGGUAUGGUUGUAAGUGACAGCAUAGUGAGUAGCGGAAUAUGGGUGGGACCUGUUGUGGUCCUCGAUACCCGGAUGUGAUGUACGCAGUCAUGAACUCUCACAAAAUUUCCUUCGCUUGGCGCAUCCGUCCCGUGCCUUCACAAGCUGUCUGAAGUAAGAUGGCUAUUUAUAAUACAUCCUCAGGGAUCGAUUGUCCG